GCACGAAUUUACAGCUGUGGGAACAGCUGGAGGUCCUCGACUCAUUGGCCGGGGUCUGAGCUUUGCUAUUUUUGGCCUUUUUUUUUUUUCUUUUUUUUUUUGGGAGAUACUGCACCCACACCUAUUCUUACUUCCUGGAUUAUGAAAUGCUACGGGAUUGUUCUCUGGAUUAUGGAUGGAUGACGUUGGAGUGGGAUAUCGCCAUGUGUGUCUUUCAAAUCGAGCGGAUUACUCUCAAUUAUACUGGCGAGGACAGCGUUUGUCAGCCCGACACGCUCGAAAACUUGAGUCGGCACUCCAUUCAGACAUAAUUUGAUGCGCACGCGCACGCACACACACACAUAUAUAUACAUACCGUAAACACAUAAAACUCAGGCGCACACAAGCCGCUCACAAAACUCACUUAGAAAACUGACCUCUCAUAUUUUAACACACGAGCAAAGCGGGGUCACUGUUAUUUCCUGUCACUGAACAUAGACACACACGUGUACGCACACACCCGCACACCCGCACAACCACACCCACACCCACACUUACACACGCUCUCACGGGUCGACAUUCAAGUUCGUUCUUUCAGGUCGUUUCCUACUCGAUAAGCGCACAACUCGCAGCACAACUCAACCACUUCUAAGCCAUGGCAGUGGCUGGCUUAGUAGUUUCCAAGAGCCGCAAGCCCAGCUCCCAGUGCCCCACCAGUGGCGACCGGCGGGUACUGGACAAGGCCCUCAAAAGACUGGACAAGCUCCAUCAGCUGAGCACUAACCCCCGGCUGGGCCUGAAGAACAGUCCGCCAUACCUGCCAGAGCUGGUCUCUGAAACCGCCAUGUUGCUGACUCAGGUCUGGGAGCCGUACCGUGGGUCAGGGGCGUCCGGAGGCCACGCGCCCCGGGGAGACGAAGCGGACUACCUGAGGAUCCACGUCAGACACCUGCUGGAUAAGACCGACAAGGCCGUGCUGUUAUUCAAGGAGGGACGGGAUAAGAUGUUUGAGGAGAUGUCCAGCUACAGGAGGAACUUGACCAAACUGUCCCUGCUCUUCAGUCACAUGCUGUGGGAGCUGAGGGCCAUGUUCCCCGGGGGCCGGUUUCAAGGUGACACCUACAGGCUGACGAAGACGGAGGCUGAGGAGUUCUGGAGGCAUUCGUUUGGAAAUUGCUGUAUAGUGCAGUGGAUUACUUUUAAAAAGCACCUGAGGCGUAUCCAUGCAUUCGAGGAGGGGAUGGAGUCCAUGGCUCUCAAGUCGACGGUAGACCUCACCUGUAACGACCACAUCUCUGUAUUUGAGUUCGACAUCUUCACCAGGCUGUUUCAGCCUUGGAGGUCACUAAUAAGGAAUUGGAACCAGUUAGCGGUGACCCAUCCCGGCUACAUGGCCUUCCUGACCUACGACCAAGUCAAAGUUCGACUGGAACACUACUUGCACCGACCUGGGAGCUAUAUCUUCCGCCUAAGCUGUACUAGGAUGGGCCAGUGGGCUAUCGGUCACGUGACCACAGAAGGUCGCAUUGUUCAAACCAUCCCCCAAAAUACACCUCUCUACCAGGCACUCAUCCAGGGAUUCAGGGAGGGCUGCUACCUGUACCCAGAUGGUCGGGAUGUAAACCCUGACCUGUCCAGCCUGUGUGAACCGGUCCAAAGAGGAAAAGUCAAAGUCACUGAGGAGCAGUAUGAGCUGUAUUGUGAGAUAGGGAGCACCUUCCAGCUAUGCAAGAUCUGCACAGAGAGGGACAAGGACAUCCGUAUACAACCCUGUGGACAUCUUCUUUGCCAACCUUGUCUCAUAGGCUGGCAGCAGAAGUCAGAUGGCCAAACCUGCCCCUAUUGUCGCUGUGACAUCAGAGGAACAGAAUCCAUUCUCAUCGAUCCCUACCUACCGGGCGGCAGUCAAGAGGGAGAUGACGAGGAUGAAGACCACGAGGACAUCGAGCUGGUGAUGAAGAAAGUGGCCAGCAUGCAGACGUCAAAUAAGGAAUACCAGGUUCCCAGCUCCCGCCACAACCCUCCCCCCCUGCCGCCUAAACAGACUCCGGCGCCGCCUUGUUCAUCUCCUGCCAGCCAAUCACAGCCAUCGGCGUGCAACGUGCCGGCCGACCACGCCCCCUCUGACAACGCUCACGGUGGCGCUCUUGCUCUUCGAAGGCACACGCCACAGACAAGAAAUGAAAGGUCUCUCAGGGAGGAGUCAGACAGCAGCGAGGAGGAAAGCGCCAGUGGGUUGAGCCCGCCUCUGCCCCACCCACUCACCCACAGCGAAAGUAUGGAGUGCCUUUCAAAUCCACGGCUACCUUCCUCCGCCCGUUCAGGUGGUACAGUAUGGCUGAGUUCCUCCAGCUCCGUCAAAGAGAAGAGGAGGUCGAAACAGACGGAAGAGAGGCGAGCGGGAGUCAGAGAAGACAAGUGGGGCCAGAAAGGGAUGGAGAGAACCCUGUCGUCCUGACAGGAAUAAUAUAUGAUUUCCCGCGCUGUUGAAAAAGACAGUGUAAACACAGACCUGGUGGUCGGGGAGGAAACGACAGCCAUUUCAUCAUCCAAGUCAGCCUUCAAUAAACCGUAACAACAGGUUUCACUGUCCUGUAUCACUGUGAAUGGGCGAGUGUGUGGGCACGGUGGGGUCACUUUAGUGGUUGAAGACUUGGUCGAAUGGCACUUGCGACAUGCUGUUCCAUGAGGCCACCUUUUACUCAGAUGCCACAUUGCUAAUUUUGCUACCAGAUCAGCUGAUCAAUCCCAAGGUUGACAUGCUAUGUUUGAACACUUAAGGCAUUUAGUUUGUCUGCAUAGAAUAA